AUGGCGUGUCCCGCGUGCCAAGACGCCCGCUUCCACCGGCACUGCAUCCAGAGACUGGCUCUGCACGCUGGCAUUGACUUCCGAUGCCCGCGUUGCCUCAAACAAGAGCCGUUCAUGACGGAAAUGCUCACCAUGGGGAUACGACUCUCUAAGAGACCCCCAUCAUGGCAGAGUGACCCAGACGUCGGACCCUCAGAUCAGAGGCACGGCCGCUGCGAUGCCACAAGGUGCCUUUGUCCAGGAGGCAGGGAGCACUCGCAGGCACACGGGCUUGGAAGACAGCAGUCAGGAGGAGAAAUGCCAGCAGGGCAGCGCAAGAGACGCUCCGGCCGCUUGCCAACAAACUCUCCUAGAUCCAAGAGGCCAGUCCUGACAUUCAUGGGGCUGCUGUGCUCUUUCCAGACCUGUUUCAUCUGCUGCAAGAUGGGGGCCACCAUCACCUGCUGCCAGACGGCCUGCGACCGCACCUUCCACCUGCCCUGUGCCCCAGACGGACAAUGUGUCACCCAGUACUUCGGGGCCUACAGGUCCUUCUGCUGGGAGCACCGCCCACAGCAGGCACUGCGGCCACGUCCAAGCCAGGACAACACCUGCACCAUCUGCCUGGACACGGUGGAAGACAACAUCUCCUACAUAACCAUGGCGUGUCCCGCGUGCCAAGACGCCCGCUUCCACCGGCACUGCAUCCAGAGACUGGCUCUGCACGCUGGCAUUGACUUCCGAUGCCCGCGUUGCCUCAAACAAGAGCCGUUCAUGACGGAAAUGCUCACCAUGGGGAUCCGACUCUCUAAGAGACCCCCAUCAUGGCAGAGUGACCCAGACGUCGGACCCUCAGAUCAGAGGCACGGCCGCUGCGAUGCCACAACGUGCCUUUGUCCAGGAGGCAGGGAGCACUCGCAGGCACACGGACCCUGGCAACUGCGCCUCUGCAGCUCCUGCGCUGCUGAGGGCAUCCACCGACUCUGCUCCUCUUUGGGGAACAGCACCUGCUCCUGGGAGUGCAGCACCUGUGCUGCCACCGACACUGGUAGGCAACAAAGCUUUCAGCACUAUGCAAUCCACACAGGGACCACAAUGGGCCUGGCACCAGGGCCCUCGGCACAGCUUGGCUCCUGGAAAGGGCGGGAUACCACAGCGGCCUCUCCUGCCUGCAGCCUGCGGACUGUCCUGACAACCUUCCUUCUGCCUGCCCCUCUUUGCAGGUUCCACUGGCAAAUCAGACCUUGUGGGCCCCAAAACCUCAAGCACAGAACUGCUGACUCUGUCCCAGGACACGGUGCUCCUCAAGAGCAGCUGCUCCAUCAGCCCUCAGCAGGCCUUCAAGCAUGCCUCGGGUCCUCCUUCGCCCUGGUCGCGCCAUCCAUAUCCAUCCGCGACUGUGCUCACGGUGGACGGCGAGGAGCCGCUCCUCCGGCACCCACCAAGGAGUGA